AUGCUUCGCUACCGUGGUGUGAAACAGGCUCUAGAUGCUGUUUCUCGACUGGACGCUUUUCCCAAAGUAAAGGAAGAAUUCGUACAACCAACACGAGUCGGUGGAACAUUGUCGUUGAUCAGCCGGUUGGUAAUUUUGUUCCUUAUCUACCAUGAAGUGUCGUACUACAUGGACUCACGAUUAGUAUUUACGUUCGUACCGGACACGGAUCUGCAAUCGAAGCUGAAAGUACACAUCGACCUAACGGUUGCAAUGCCAUGCAAAUCCAUAGGAGCCGAUAUUUUGGAUUCGACAAAUCAAAAUGUAUUUUCCUUCGGCAUUUUACAAGAGGAAGACACUUGGUUCGAGCUGUGCCCCAGCCAACGGGUACAUUUCGAUUACAUGCAGCAUCACAAUUCGUACCUCCGGAAUGAAUACCAUUCGAUAGCGGAGAUACUGUACAAAUCGGAUCACGCCGUUGUGUAUAGCAUGCCGGAACGUGUAAUCAUUCCAGCCAAACCCCACGAUGCAUGCCGUAUUCAUGGUGUGUUGACGUUGAACAAGGUUGCAGGCAAUUUUCAUAUCACCGUCGGCAAAACCAUUCAUUUCUCACGCGGACACAUUCAUUUGAAUAACAUUUUUGCCAACACGCAGACCAAUUUUUCGCAUCGAAUUAAUAGAUUUAGCUUCGGUGAUCACACCGCCGGUAUUAUCCAUCCGCUCGAGGGCGAUGAGAAAUUAUUCGAUAACGGUCAAGUUAUGAUGCAGUACUUCAUUGAAGUUGUUCCGACGGAUGUGGAAAAGUUUUAUUCACAUUCCAAAACUUACCAAUACACCGUGCGAGAAAAUUUACAACUAAUCGAUGUCGAUAAGGGAAUGCAAGGUGUAGCGGGGCUCUACUUCAAGUAUGAUAUGUCUGCGCUGCGGGUACUCGUGCGACAGGAUCGGGACAGCAUUGCUCAGUUUAUUGUGCGGCUUUCCUCGAUCAUUGCCGGCAUUGUUGUGAUUUCGGGACUGUUGAGCAAAUGUGUGCAUCUUGCUGGGGAUGUAUGUUGUAAGCGGCAUCACGAACCUUUGACACUGCAGGACCCACCCGCCAAAGGGGCCGUUAUUAUAAGUUGA